AUCCACGAUGUACAUGAACAGGUGAAAGUUUCUUUAAGUUAGUUAGUUCAUUUGCAGUCAUCUUUCCAAAUGGAUUGAGUAAGAGGUCAAGUCCGCUAAUAGCCAAUAUGUUAGUUAAUAGGUGGAUAUUAUUUGUGGUGACAGAAUAGUACCAGUUUGUUCUGCAUUAACAUGUCUCCUAGUUUCAUAAGAAUGAAAAUUAUAAUUUCAGAAGACAUUCGGCUGGUUUUAUUGAUAUGCUCAUUAAUUUCUAUGAAUUAUGCUUCUCCCAUCUACCCAAAUGAAAAUGUUGAAACUUCCGUAGUUGUACAGGGUAAUGCCAUACUGAACCCUCUAAGUGACUUGAACGAAAACUUGGGAAAUGCUGUAAGCAGUGCGGCAAAAGCAAAGACCAUUUCUUUUGUUCCUCCCUUUCCGGACUCUGGAAGAACCAUGGCUGUUCAGGAGCAGAGGUAUCUGGAAACAAUUCCAAUUAAGCUGGAUGAUAAAUAUGGCAGGCUUCAGGAAUUUAUUGCCAAUUUCGCAAAUCCGCAACCAAUUGUGGACACUAUUCAAGAGCAUGAAAAGUACGGAAAUGAUGGGGGCAAGCUUCGAGCAGCUGGGACAGCAUUUGUCGGUGGAGUCGAAGCCUUGUCUAAUGUUCUUAAUGCAGCAGUCGAGUUACCAUUUACUGCCGUGAAGGAAUUUGGAAGGAAAGUGACCACUUCUUUGAAUACUGCAGGUUCGAAAUUGGUUGGAUUAGCCAGAUGAUUUGACUGUUGUAGUAAAUUUCGAAUA